AUGAAGCUGCCUCUGAUGCAAAUCUUUUUUAUGAUGUUGCUGCUGCUGCUGGGCCUUGGGAUGGGCCUGGGUUUGGGCCUUCGGAUGGCUGCAUCGGUCCUGGAGGAUAGUGAUCACUCCCUGAAUGAAUUGUGGUCCAGUGACUCACAAGACAAGGCUGAAGCCACUAAGGAGGGAGAGGGCACGCGGACAACAGAAACCCUGCUGCUUAGCAACAAAGGAGUGGUACAGCCUGGCUGGCCUGAAGAGACCAUCGUCAAUGAAGAUGAAGUUGGAGGAAACAAGAUGCUCAGAGCUGAGGCUCCUUCUCAGAGUAACAAAGACUAUCCCAGGCUUGACCUGAUGGCCCGGGAAUGCAAUACUAUGAUGGCACACAAGAUGAAGGAGCACAACCGCACAUGCAUCACCCAGUACACAUUCAUCCAUGAGGAGCUAGAUACAGUCAAAGCUGUCUGUAAGAGUCCUCUCAUUGCCUGCGAGCUCCAGGGAGGCAAAUGUCACAAAAGCUCCCGUCCUUUUGAUUUGACAUUUUGCAGGCUAUCCAAACCAGGCCAAGUCACUCCUCACUGCAAUUACCUAACAUUCAUUUUUGAAAAGUUCAUCAUUAUAUCCUGUAAUGACAUGAAGGUCCAGGUAAUACCUACAUAA